AUGUACAAGUUAAAUAUUCUUGCUCCAAAAUAAUUUUUCGAUUUACAAACUCCAAUCAACUUUCUAGCAAAAAAAAAAAAUUUUGCAAAUGUCAGAGAGAUCAGAUAAACGAAUAAAUAUGAAUAGGGUCGCAAAUUUGUCUCUCAUUCAUUACCUCAUAAUAUCUGGUUAUACAGUCCACUCAACUCACAGAACAAUCGAAUCAUAAAACCUUAAGGAUCUUUGGCACUGCAUCAAAAAAUCAAUAAACAACCUAUUUAUAUGUCUAGAAAGGAUAUGCUGAAUGAGUUGGAGAAAUUCAAACAAAGAGCGUGCUCCAUUUCCCCAUCAAGAAAACAGAAAAAAUAUCACAAUCUAUUAUGUAAUGAUGUCGAAAGGAAUGAAAAACUUAAAAAGUAUUUCCAGACACAACCAUCAAAUAGUUCCCAAAAGUUGAACAGUCUAUCCAUUAUUGAAGACUCACGUCAAUAAUUGUUUUCAACACCCAAAUCCUAUGAUAUCAAUUACAAAAGAGUUAAUUCUGUGAAUGCUACAAUCCAAACCAAAUUCCCAUAAUUGAAGAAAAAUUAAAUAAAAGCCGAAUCUAAGGAAAUAGAUAGACAAAACAGUGAACUCAUGAGCACAUCCAUCAAUCAACACUGUUAAGAUACUUUCUCACCUCUACAGGAGAAAAGCCAACCAAAAAAAUACUAUCAAAUUAAUAAAUGUAGUAUUCAAAGAAAUAAGUUUUUAAAUGACUCUUACAGAUUAUAUGGGUUUGUUCAAGAGAUCAAAGAAUAAAAAUAAAAAUACUCUACAUUUCAUAUUAGUAAUUACAAUAAUCUAAACAAAUCAAGUGAAUAGAAUGCAAGUCAUUCUAAAUCAAGAGAGAUAACUCUAUAAAACAAAGGCAUGAAAAAGUCAAAAUCUUCAAAAGACAAGUUGUGUAAUUUGCUAAAAUAAUCUCAUCUAAAGUAUCUUGAAAGACAUCUAAAAACUACUGAUAAAAGACACAAAUCUCCAAAAAAACAAGAAGUAUAUGAAAUAAAAAAAGAUAAAAACGUCAUUCUUUCUUAUUUCCCAAAUUAACAUUUGGGCGAGAUCCUUAAAAAAAAUAAUCAUGUAUAUGACAAACUAUAUUGA